CUCUCUUUCUUGAAUGAGCCGCUCUGGUCCACGCGCCGGCUGCGCAAGCACACACCCAACCCGCCGCUGAUGAGUGAAUUAAAUAAAUGGUGUGCGCUUGCACAGCCGGCGCCUGGACUAGAGCGGCUCAUUCAAGGAGAGUGAGCGACUCCGGUACCUUUCAGGUGCUUGCCUUCCCUGACAGCCAGCUGCGGGAGAAAGGUGGGCAGUAGGAGUCAGGGAAUGGGGUGGGUGGGCGGAGCCGCAGGAGAAAGGUAAGGACACACCGGCAGAAUAGAAAUUUAAAAAGUUUUCCUACCGGGUUCUGUGGGCAUGGCUUGGUGGGAGGGGGUCUUGUGACUGAGUGGGCAUGGCUGUGAGUGACUUUGAGUUGGCCAUGCCCAUUCAGUCACAGGACACCCCCCCACCAAGCCACGCCCACAGAACUGGUAGGGAAAAAUUUUAGAUUUCAUCCCUGUCUUAAUGCUGUUAGUCAUCAGCAUUUACUGUCUGAAGCGAGUGCCCCACUCUGGAUGACCAAUUCUGGAAGAGCUGAACAAAUGUUCAGAAUUGGAUGUUGCAGAUACUAUAAACAGUGCCAAAUUCUGUUAAAUGCCUAAUUGGAUUCAUCUUCCCUACAUGUCCGUGAUGGCGAACCUAUGGCACGCAUGCCAUAGGUGGCACAUGGAGCCAUAUCGGUGGGCACGUGAGCUCAGCUCAGGUGUGCAUGCGCGUGCCGGCCAGCUGGUUUUUGGGUCUUCUGGGCCCACUGGAAAUCGGCAAAUGGGCCAUUUCCAGCCUCUGGAGGGCCUCCGGGGGGUGGGGAAUGCUGUUUUUGCCCUCCCAAAGCUCCUAGAAAGUCUCUGGACCCUGGGGAGGGUGAAAAACAGGCCCACCAUUCCAUCACGUGGCAAAAGCAGGGGUCGCGUGGGGGGGUUACACAUGCAUACGCGGCGGGACAGGGCAGGGCGCAUAGAAUUAUGGGUGUGGGCACGUGUGCGCACAACCCCCCCCCCCGCACUCCCCCCAUUUUUGGCACGCGAUGGCAAAAAGGUUAGCCAUCACUGCUAUAUGUCAUUCAAGAUGGAGCUAUGAAAAAUGUGCUUUAUUUUGUUUCCAGAAUAUGUUUUGCAGGGAAAGACUUUUUCUACCGAUUCUACAAUUUCUACAUAGUCUGAAUAAUUUUGAAAAUACAUGUGUUUUUCAUAGGUGAUGUUGAAAAAGACCAAAACUCAAUAUUAUAUAUGGUAAUGUUUCUGUUUUUCACAUGUAUUUAUAUGCACACUCACUAGUUUAUACACAAUACACUUCCUCUGAGCACAUGGCCCAGGCUGUUUCAUUUUAGCUGAUUCAUCAAAAGAACUAAACUGCUAAGAGAAUAAUGUGUUGUGACAGCUUGUUUAAGUCACUUUCCAAACUCAAAUGUUGACAAGGGUGCUGUUUUUGUCAUGCCAUGUUUCCCCAACUCUCCACCCUCUUAGUUUCAGUGAGGAAAACAUUGGCAGAGACUAUUCUGAGUUCAAUCUGAUGAAUUGAAAAGCAGUAGUUCUAAACCAGGGGAAUGAAACAAACGUCACGGCGGUGUCACUUGACGUAUCGGGACUUUUUCGCCCUUCACUAAACAGGGCGUGGGCGUGGCCAGCAUGUGAGGCAUCUGGCCCGUAGGCCGCGAGUUUGGCAGCCCUGCUCUAAAGUAUCCUCUGAUCACUGUUCCAAGGCCUGCAACUGUGCAACUGAGGAACACUAUUGUUGGUAUAAUUAUACCUGCCACACUUUUUGCAGGUAUAAAUAGUACCUCAAGAUGAUCAGACUUUCUUUUAUCAAAAAAGCAACACUUACAUCCAUCCUAGCAACCUAAUGAAUAUUUCAACAUCAUUUUGUUAUAUUUGUUUCACCUUGCCACUGUUUCAAAUAUAUUAUAACCUUUUUUUUUUUUUUGCCUUCCUGAAGCUUGUUUUUAUACUUCGACUUUGUUCAGAUAUCUUCAUAUUGAUAGAUAUGAAAGGGCUAUUUGGGUAUUAUUUCUGAAGUAAUUUGCCAUGUUGAUUUUAAUACUGUUCUUUUAAAAGAAAAACAAAUGUAUUAAUAUAAUUUUGUCGGUGAACAAUUAAUAUUUUUUCCAGGACAAAAGAGUAUUCUAAAACAUUAUGAUUACAGGUCGUCCUUGACUUACAACAGUUCGUUUAGUGACCAUUCAAAGUUACAAUGGAACUGAAAAAAGUGAUUUAUGACCAUUUUUCACAGUUAUGACCUUUGCAGCAUCCCCAUGAUCAUGUGAUCAAAAUUCAGAUGCUUGGCAACUGGUUCAUAUUUAUGACCAUUGCUGUGUCCCAAGGUUACAUGAUCCCCUUUUGCAAACUUCUGACAAGCAAAGUCAAUAGGGAAGCCAGAUUCACUUAACAAGCCAUGUUACUGACUAAUUGUUGUGGCCCACCAGGCUCCCGCCAGACUCAGACAGUGAGGAGGUUGGAGAGGAACAUGGGCCAGUCCUGGAGUCUGGGGAAGAUUCUGAUGAGUGCUCUGCGUUGGAGGCAGAGAUGGGGCCAGGGCCGUCUGACAGUUAUCAGCUACUUUUGGAUGUCGGACCCUGAGUUGGCCAUGUUGCGGGACUUCCUGGACAAAAAUCUGGCUCGCUCGUCGUUACCAGUGUCUGCCCCGGUGUUGUUUGUGAAGAAGAAGACUUUUACCUGGUUAUUGUGUUAUCCUCAUUCUACCUGCUUUUUGGUUUCAUAUAUUCCUUAUAUAUGUAACCAGAAUGUAGUCCAUAUAUGAAUGAGAGUCAACAUCCAUUUGAAUAACUGUUGUUGGUGAAAUAAUAAAUUCCUCAUAAGAUUCCAAUUCAUUAUCAGCUUUAAGUACAGUAUGUAAUUAUACAUAACAAAAGUUAUGGUUUUGAGGAAUACAGAUGCAAUUUGUGGAAGGUAACAUCAAUAUCUCAACUUCUAAUUUUCUAUUGUAUAUAAAACCAACUGGAUAAACACCAGCUGUUUUACUCUUACAAUUAAUCUAUAUACAUUUAUUUGAAUUUCUUUAGUCAGAUCACUGUCUGGUUUUUCAAGUAUCUUAAUAAUAUGAAGGGGAGAUAUAGAACUUCCCAAGGCACUGAAGAGAUACCUAUGGAGGUUGCACAAAAUAGCCAUCCUCAACUAAAACUUAGAUAAUUAGAACAAACCUUAAUUAUGCAUUAUUUCUACAUGAAAUGGUGUCAUAUAAAUUACUCCAUCCAGCCACAGCAUCUGAAACAAAUUAUAUGUUUUUUUCAGAUGCUGUGGCUGGAUAGAGUAAUCCAUCUCCUCUUUAACCAAAUUUACAUACCUGAAAAAUGUUGUUUUCCAAAACCAUUUGAAAGCGAUGUCAUUCAAUAAUGUUAUAUUUUUAAUGGACUUGGAUCAAAAGACAUCUCUUAAGAUCCAAAUCUCAGCCAAUAUUAAAUACUUUUCAUUUUUGCUCCAAAAUGUACCUUGUCUCAAGGUGUGUUUCGUUACUAUUUUUAUAUGCCUGUAAAGAAUUGUUCUAUUAAGAAGUGCUUCCAUUUUUUUCCAAUUUAAAUCUGUAAAGCAUCAAUGUCUGAUUUGUCAAUAAUGUUCUUUAAAAUAAUUUGAAAUAACUCUGAAGGACCCAAAGAUGUAAAUUUUGUAAUAAAAGUUUUGUAAAGUCAUUGUUUCUAUUCCUAGUUGCUUCAUGACAUUUCUUUAGUUGAAGUGAAAUUAGAAUUUGAAACUGUGCGUAUAUGAUGUGAUUCAGUUGAAAUACAUUGGCAGGGGUGUCAAACUCAAUUUUAUUGCAGGCCAAAUCGUGACGAUUAUGAUGUAUGGGGACUUUUUUUGCCUUUGUGGAGCCGGGGUAGGCGUGGCCUGUGCAGGCCAUAUCCGGCCUGCGUGCCGCCUAUUUGACACCCCUGAAAUACAGCUUGGAACUGAAACUGAAGAAGAAAUUAAUAUCGUUGAUUAAUAUGUAAUAAGAAAUUACAUAGAGCUUAUCCAUCAUCUCUGCUGGAAACAGCAAGCAAAUAGUCUUCUGCUUCUCCAGCUAGCUAUUGCAGGGUUGUUGAAAGCUCUACCUACAACGCCAUGACCGUGUUGCUAAGAUCAUUCACUGGAAAUUGUGCCAUAUAAUGAAUCAUGCCUUGCACCCUAAAAGUGAUGUUGACCGAUUAUAUUUACCAAGAGCAGAGGGUGGUCGAGGACUCAUACAAGUAAAGCAGACUGUGGAAGAAGAAAAACGCAGCUUGAAUGAUUACAUCCAGAAAAGUGAAGAACCAAUGAUUAAGGAAGUAAAUAAAGGAGGCCUUUUAAAGACAACUAAAACAAAAGCAGAAUAUAAGAAAGAAGUAAUUGAGCAGCGAGCUGAAAAUUGAAACACAAAGCUCUGCAUAGCCAAUACUUGAAAAGUAUUGAAGGCAAAGCUGACCAGAAACUAACUUGGAACUGGUUAAGAUCAGGAGUACUGAAAAAAGAAACAGAAAGCUUUAUUUUGGCAGCUCAAGAACAAGCCCUAGCCACAAACUGCAUGAAGGCAAAAAUUCAACAUGUUACCACCAACAGCAAAUGCCGCCUCUGUAAUGAGAAAGAUGAGACAGUCGACCACCUGAUCAGUGGGUGUAGCAAAAUUUCACAAACUGACUACCUACAAUGCCAUGACCGUGUUGCUAAGAUAAUUCACUGGAAAUUGUGCCAGAAGUUUGGAUUUGAGUACAGCAAAAACCACUGGGAACAUCAAGUUGAGAAAGUUUUAGAGAAUGAGAAACUCAAGAUCUUGUGGGACUUUAGGAUUCAGACUGGCAGGCACUUGGUCCACAACACACCUGACAUAACAAUAGUUGAAAAGAAAAAGUAUGGUUCAUUGACAUUGCAAUACCUGGUGAUGCAAGGAUUGAAGAUAAGCAGCAAGAAAAAAUCACAAAGUACCGGGACUUGCAAAUUGAAGUUGAGCGACUGUGGAAAAAGAAAUCGUGUGUUGUCCCGAUUGUAAUUGGAGCCCUUGGAGCAAUACCCAAAGGGCUACCCCGCUAUUUAGAAAUUCUAAAUUUGCCGGACUUGAACACUUUGACUUUACAAAAAACCACCUUAUUCGGAACAGCUUACAUCCUCCGACGAUACCUUAACAGUUCCUAGGUCCUUGGUUAGGACUUGAGCUGCUGAGCUAUUAACCAGCCUCAAAGGCUGUAAAUCUCACUAAAGAUUAACCAAUAGUAAUAGUAAUAGUAAUAGUAAUAGGAUCAGGAGUGACUUCCAAUUUCCUGCUGGCUUCUUCAUUGAGUUUUCUUGUGUGAAUCUAGUAGGGAGCACCAUAAAUUUUCCUUCUUCCCUUUCCUCUUCUCUUCUCUUUCCAUCAGACAGGUAAAUUACUGCUUCUGAAGUAGGGAGAGGGAAAGGGAUUACCAAACCAGCUGGGAAACUGUUACAGAACAUUGGAAAUAAAAGUGGUGUGAUUGCAGCAGCAGUCAGUAGCACUUGAAAAAGUCACAUCUUUCCCAAAUUUCAUUCCCUUGGGAGUCACAGGUCCUGUAUUUUCAUUCUGUAAAUUAACCCAUUUGAGUUCAAAAAUGGUUGCCCUUUGAUGCAUCAUUUCACACUGGUGAAUGGUUGCCCUUUGAUGCAUCUAUAUGCUACAAAAUUUCUUGUCAUGAAUUUCAUGACAACAAGAAAUUUUGUAGCAUAUACAUUUCAUUUGACUGGAGGUGGAGGGAAGCAUAGCAGUUCAGUUAUUUUGUUUUCCUGUCCAAAAACUCACUGUAGUGCAGUAUUCAAUCAUAAUGAAUUUAUUGACUGAAUAGAUAUUUUAAAAUAAAUAGUGUGUUGAUUAGUUGAGCUUUCUUUUAUAGCUCAUCUCAGUAUUAUGCAUAACGAUAUUGAAUGCAAUGGAAACUCCCUUCACCUCCUUUUACAUAAGUCCGUGGAAGAAGAGAGCCAACCCAAUGUUCUGACCUAGGCUUCCUGAGUCAGUAAAACACACGAGUAGUCCCAAAACCUCUUUUAUUGCAAUAGCUGUGAAUUCUGGUCAUUCACAGAUGAGUCCCAAAUAGUUGUAAAGAUUCCUUCGGGAUAAGGCUGAUAAUCACCCACCUUUAUCUCCCUUGACCCGCUGUCAAAGACCUAAUUGGCAAAGCCACAUGGAGCCCAGAAUCAAACAGAGCUUCAGACUUUAAACUGAACAGAAUUAACAAUGUUGUUUCCUGCAAAGGCCCACAUGCCUUUGCUCCUCUUUUAAGUCUUAUGGGAGGGGCCAAUCAUCUCCAAGCCCUGCUCCUGAGUUGUCCCUUUUGUUUUAACUGUUCUUGCCUUCUGGCAGCUCUGCACAUGUGCACACUGGGAACAGGCUCCCCCUGUUCCUCUGCCUCGCUGAGAUCUGAUUCUGGAGGCUCUGGAGACAGCACGUACCUCCCAGAUGGCCCUUUCUCUGUCUCCAACGCAGAGCCCUCGUCCAAGCCUUCCCCAGAUUCCAAGACUGGCCCAUGUUCCUCCCCAACCUCCUCACUGUCUGAUUCUGCUGCCAGCUCUGCAGACUGCUGGUGGACCACAUCACCCAAAUAAUUUUUUUGUGAGGGCAGCAUUACUGGUUCAUUGCUAAGCCAGUAAUUUACUAUGCCUCAGCCUGGUAAAAGAUGUGAUGUUUUCUUGAUUUCUUCCGAUAUGUGUUUUUAUCUAUCUUACAGCUUUGGUUUAUUUCCUACUAAUCUUUAAUCAUAGUGUUAACCAGAUGUCACUUUGCUUAGUUUCUGAACCUAAACAAGUGAAAUUUUACCUUAUAAAAAGAUUGAAAACAUAGCAAACUUGGGCAAUUCACAAUUACUGUACCAUGCUGGCUCUACUGAAUAUGUUCCUCAGAACUUAUAGAGUACAAAUUAUAUAAAAAUUAAAUGUGAAAUUAUAAAGAGAUAAAUAUUCUUCCAUCAGUAUUAAUCUGAGUGAAGCAAAAUUAGAAAUGAAAGAUGUAAAAAGAGUUAUACUAUUUGAAGGAAUCCAUUAUUAACUGAAAAUUUAUUAAAAUGUUUAAUUCGGAAGAUGUGAUAUUCAUAACAGUCUCCUUGCUAUGCCUUCAAAUAAGUAAAAAUUGGCAGCUGAAAAGAUGUUUAUCUAUUUUUCAUUCAAUUCUAUUCCCUCAUAUUGUUGCAGAAUAUUUUAUGCAGAAAGUGCAGUAUUACCAGUCUUAGAGCUUCUCAUGUGUGCUAUUUCUGCCAGCAACAGAUCUACUGGAAUUCUUAACAGUCUUAAUUGUCCACUUAAGGCUAAUCCGCUUAACUGAAUAUUGCUUAACUGAAUCAAAAUCUCCACACCCUACAAUAGCAAGGUUUGGAAUUAAGCUCAGAAGGAAUUGGGAUGCCUUAGAGGUGAACCAUUGAUAACAUCAGUUCUUGGAGAUUUGUAACCCCCCUCCUUGGGGUCAACGGAAACUCAGAAUUUUAUGAUCAUCAUGACAUCAUGGAUUAUUCCUGUCAUUACUAGUCUGAUCCAUUUUGCAGGCCAUCUGGAUCCAUUCAAUCCGGUUGGCCAACCUGUGGCUAGGGCAUUGGGAGAAAUUGGACUGGAGAUAGAAGAAAAUUCUUAUUAUGGCUUCAUUUAACUUUAUUUGUUAUAAGAUUUGUUUCUGGGUGGAUUCAGAGACACAUUACCAAGAGUGACCUUGGAAUGGCAAAAAUUAGUCACUUUUUCUUUGCAUGUUGCUGUGGUUAUCAUGCUGUUACCAAGAUCUUCAGCAGAUUUCGCUUAAUGCUCAGUGUGGUUUCCUGCUUGCUUACGUGCUGGAUCCAUUUUAAACAAAUGCCAGGUGACACAUCAAAUCAUAAAAAUGGCUCUGCUUUUGAUUGGAAUGCAACAUAUUGCUGUCCCAUUUCCUUCAGUAUCUCUCUGACUUUAUUAAACAUGCCAUGUCAGCUACCCAAUCCAAAAUCAAACUAUGGAUAAGGGCAAUCUUAUUAAACAUUGAUCUGGCAUUCAAUAACAGCAACUAGAACUGGGACCAGCCAGUAUCCAAGGGCCUGGUAUCAGAAGUAAAUAAUGAGGGGUGAAAAGUGGGAGUGAUCUCAGCCAGGGGUCUUUCCAUCCUUGUGAUUGGCCCUCCUACAGACUUGCAUCAUUAUUCCUUUGUCUAUCAUGAGCAAGAUGGUAUUGCCUGCCCAUUGUCCACUUUUCUGCCCCUAUUUUCACUCUGCCCCACCCUUCCAGACCAUGGAAUCCAUCCUUCCCUGAAUAGCUCUUGUACUGUUCUCAAGCAUUCUGAAGGUUGCUCUACUGAGACAGUUAAACCAAUAAACCACAUGCAACCCUCAAAAAUUAUACAGAUAAACUGAUCAGUAGAUCAGUUUUUUAAAUUUUGCAAAAUUAAAGAACCAGUAGAUUUUUUGCCAUUUAUUGUAAUUCGAAUUAUGAUGGUUUUCCACUUCUUUUAAGAAAAUUACCAAUUUUAAUUAUUAGAUCAUAUACCAGUACAUUGUGCUACUAAUUUGUAUGUACAAGUUUUCAUCACCAUACAGAUAUGUUUCCUGACUUAAGUAUUUUCCGCAAAUGUUACUUUUUUCUCUCCUUUUUUUUUGAAAGAAUAUUAUUACUAUAUACAUACAGACAACUUCAGUUUUCUUUCCCCCCACUUUUUAUUCAAGUUUUAAUUAAAAGAUGAAAUACAAACAGAAACAAAUAUUGACAAAGUUAAAGAGAGAAAAAGAGAAUGUAGAAAGAAGUGAAAAUUUAAGAAGUUUAUCUGUACAAGUACCACACUCUAGAAACCUAGGGAAAAAAAUCAGGUUAGCAAUUUAGAGCUCAAAUAUUGCUCGUUCUCCUCAAAAAAUGUUUUUAAUUGGUUCCAGGAAAGUUCACAAGAAAAUGGAUAUAUAAAUUAAAAUAUAUAACAUUCCAUAAAAAGCCUUAUAUAAAUUAAUCUAGUUAUUGUACUUUAUGGUAAGGUGAUUGCAGCCUGGCUGCAGCCCUACAUUUCAAACUAUGGUAAAAUGCAAGUUUCUUCCUGCCAAGUGUAGACCACUGAAAGAUGCUGUUUUACUCUGUGAUAAACCACAAGAUGCAAUAUUAUUUCCUUAAUGUUGAACAAUAUAUGUAUUAGCCACUGUUUUCUUCUAUACUAAAUAGCCAUCUUUUUUCAUAAAAGGACAGAGGCAUUUCCAGCACCCUUAAAUUCCUCCCCUCAGAAGAAACCCUUCAAAACUGUAGAGUUUUUAAGUAAAAUAGAGAUGAUAUUUUAAACUAAAAUGUUUGUGUUGAAAUGUGCAACCAAAUGUUUCAAGUGGAUUUCCUUUUAGUCAGCAUAUGCCAGGCUUUCAUUGAAGUCAUUUUUGGGGAAACUCCAAAGAUUAUCAAGUUCACCUUUUUUGAAUUUCCGCUAGACUGCCUUGAUUUUGAAUGUUGAUAUGGCCAUUCUGACCUCAGUGUUAGCAUAUGAAAUUGUUUUAACACAGGAAUAUGAUAGAGCUGAUUAAUCUAACAGAAGAAAGAGUGAUGAACAAAAAGCAGGCUGAACAAAAGGACUCAUCAUCCUGAAGAGAGAGGGAGAAAAAACCCAAGGUAGAAGCAAACAGAAUAUGGUGAAAUCCUUAAAAUUCUGAAAGCAUGUACUGUACAGUAAUGAUUCCCCAAAAAUGAACCUCAGCAAUGAUACUAGUGAAACAAGCAUUCUUCUUGCUGAAGCAAUCAUUUAUGUACCAGUAUUCUUUAUUGGAGUUAUCCUAAAUGUGUUUGCUUUAAGGGUAUUCUGUUGCAAAUUGAUCCAAUGGACUGAAACCAGAGUAUAUAUGACCAAUUUAGCCAUAACAGACUGUCUAUUUCUCUUCACUUUGCCUUUCAAGCUAGUUUCUAACUUUAUAUAUAAAUAUAAAAUACACACCAGUAUAUACACAAAUAAAUUAUGCAUGGUUUUGGAGAGUGCAUAUUUUAUCAAUCGAUACAUGAGCAUCUUCCUUAUUACCAUUAUCGCACUUGAUAGAUACAUCGCCAUAACAUAUCCUCUCCAAGCAAAGAAUAUCAGGUCUCCUUUAAAGUCAGCGCUUGUCUGUGGUCUUCUUUGGAUCAUAAUUAUAAGUAUUGAACUUAUAUUCAUGUAUAUAAAUAAUGAAGAGGACAACCUUUGCUUUCAAACAAUUUACAGAAUACCAUCAGUGUCUUCUUUUGCCGUGGUAAUAUGGGGAUUUUUUAUACCUUUAAUUAUCUUGAGUUUCUGUUCUAUUCAAAUAAUUAAAAAACUCACAAGGAAGAAAAAGAUCCAUCUUCGUGAAAAAAAGGUCAUUCAGAAAGCAAUCAACAUAAUUCUGGCAAAUAUGACCACAUUCAUCACCUGCUUUUUACCACUUCAUGUUACAUAUUUCAUUAAAUUCAUAGAUUUCAAAAAUGCUACUGAUGCUAAUCUUAAACAUAAUCUGUUUCUAAAUGUUGCUGUUAUUCUUGCUAACACCAACUGCUGCUUGGAUGCAUUUUGUUAUUACUUUGUAAGCCAGGAAUUUCAGGAGGCUUCUAUACUACGAAAGACUCAGAAUCAAGCACCUGAAAAUCAAGGUACUGAAAUUAUUUAGGAAGGCCAUGACUCAACAAUUCUGAUACCUUCAGAUCUCUCUGGGAUCAUCUUACUCCUAAAAGUUUUGAUUGGAAUUCUCUUCGUGGUCUUAAUAAAGUACAGCUCAGCCUUCUCCAUUAAUGUAUUCAAAUGAAGACAACAUGUUCCCAUAUGUAUGGCAGUAUACAUUAUAAGUUUCAGGAAAUUAAUUUGAAAUGCAGAUUACUUCCUGGAAAUGUUGCUGUUUUAUUGUCACAUCUAAUUAAUGUCUCUUAUUGUUUGAUUUGUUGCUUUUUGAUGCAUCACAUAUACCAAAUGUAUAUAGCAUGUGUUUUUUACCCCAUUCUGUACCCUCUCUGACUCCAACACACAUACCCACCUCUCUUGAUAAACACAUUUGCUUUGUCUGAUGAACUUGUGAUUCAUGCUGUUGGAAGGCUGUUGAAAAAUUAGUCUCUCUAUCAAAUUCAGAGUACAAAUUUUUAUGAGCGACAUGACAAAUUUGUGCCUGAAUUUUAAAGGACCAGUAGGCAUGUGAGAUUUAUAUGUAUUUAGCUUCCUUUUUAUGGCCUAUCAAAAAUUGUUCUAGACAAUAAACAUUUAAAAUGUCAAUUUUUAUUCGUAUUCGCAUCGUCCUGCCGAUGGGACUUCAUCUCCUCUUCCCGAGAAGAGUCCAGGUAGCUUUAAAUGGGUGCUGGGUGGCAUUAGAUGGAUGUAAUGUACUUUGGAUAUUUUUUUAAAAGAUUGAAACAAUUUCUGGUCUCUGACACUUCUAUCAUCCUUUGAUCACUUAGAUACCUUCUAUUUGGGUUCAGUUCCUAGUCCGUGCAUGAACAAAUGUCAGUUACAAGUUGACUUAGUAGCUUUUCGAGAGACAUUUAAGUCCAUUCUUGAUUUUGUCCAUCCUGUUUAUUUGUAGUCUUCCCUUUCUUCUAGUUUCCUCAAUCAUCCUAAGCAACAUCUCUUUUUCUAGGACAUUGUCUACUCACAUCAUAAAUCCCAAAAAUGUGAGUUUCUGCUUAGUAUCAUUUUGUAAUCCAUUUUUCUAGGGUUUGAACCUAGAAUAAAUUCUGAUUUAUGUAUGACAGUUCCCACUUAAGAUAAAACCAGUCAUGUACUGCCUCCUGGUGGUCAAUGUAACCAUUUUGACUAACUACCCAUAGUCUCUUCAAGAACUUGUUUUCUGACAUUUCUCACUUUGCACGCACCAUAUUUUUAUUCUUACUUACAAGAUCUUAAGCAAAUUUAUUGUUAAGGCAAAACCUUUGUCACUUUAUGGGUGGAAUUAGUAUAGUGUCUUGUUAAUUUGUACAUUGACUUGCAUUUUUUAAUGCAGUGGUAUGUGUGUAUGUGGAUAUGUGUAUACAUACAUACUGGUACAUAUUUUAUGCUACACCAUCUUGUUACCUUUUAGUACAGAUUGAUAGCAUUUCAAUUGUCUUUUCUCACAGAGCUUUAUAACUUUGAAAGAAAUAUGUAUAUAUUCUAAACAAAAUCUGCUAAAGAUAUGGAUACAUCCAUAUAUAAGAGUGAACACAAAUUUCAGCUUAAUUGUAAUAUUAUAUAAAUGCCUAUAUAAUAUAGAUCAGGUUCUUUGGAAAACAUGGGACAAAUAUUUUAGACCUGAUCUUAGUGAAUCAAUUUGAAACUGUUUAUCAAACAAAAUUCCAUUUAACUUUUUUUUAGCAUUUCAUAAAAAUGGACCAUAAUACAACCACCUUUUAAAUUAAUAUUAUAUUGGUCAACAUUUUUCUACAUUGUUGGUACUCAACUAUUUUCAAUGGUAAUUACUAUAAAAACAAAUGUUUUUAACUUAGUUGAAAAACAAGUCAAGAAUAUUUUGUAAUUCAUUCUACUCUUUAAUUUAUUUUUUCUGGUAACAGUCAUAUUCACAUCUUUAUUAGAAACAGUAGUAUUUAAAAAUAUAGGAAAUAACAUAUAUGUAAUAUUACCUACUGGCCAGUAGGAGCUGUCUUUGUCUUCAGAUUAAAUAUAAAGCCCAGAGCAAUAAAAAUCAGAAAAUUCGAUACAUGACAGUAUAUUCAAAAAGGAACAUAUUGUGUAGCUUCUAAAAUAAGUCA